UGAGCCACAGAUAAGGCAGCGCCAGGGGCAGCCCCAAGGAGCAAGGGCACCCGCAGACCGGCAGGGAAGGGACACCCGCCGCAGAUCGGGGUGCCCAGGCCCGAAGCGACGCAGAGGGGCAGCAGCCGCCUUUGAGCUCCCCCAGGAGAGGACCCGGCCGGCAGCCAUGGCAGCCUGGGAGCUGCAGGUGUUCGUGGGGGACCCCGACGUUCAGGAGGAGUCGGUGACCCUUCUGGUCACGGGCGAGUCCCACAUCGGCGGCGUCAUCCUCAAGAUCGUGGAGGAGAUCAAGCGGAAGCAGGACUGGUCGGACCACGGGCUGUGGUGGGAGCAGAAGAAGCUGUGGCUGCUGCAGACCCACUGGACCCUGGACAAGUACGGCAUCCUGGCGGACGCCCGGCUCUACUUCGGCCCGCAGCACCGGCCCGUCACCCUGCGGCUGCCCAACCGCCGGGCCUUGCGGCUGCGCGCCAGCUUCUCGCAGCCCCUCUUCCGCGCCGUGGCCGCCAUCUGCCGCGUGCUCAGCAUCCGCCACCCCGAGGAGCUGUCCCUGCUCCGAGCCCCAGAGAAGAAGGAGAAGAAGAAGAAGGACAAGGAGCCGGAAGAGGAGGUGUUUGACCUGACCUCGGUGGUCCUGGCUGCCGGAGUGGCCCCGGCCCAGUUCCGGGGGAUGCCGGCCCACUUCUCCGACAGCCCCGAGACCGAGGCCUGUUACCGGAUGCUCAGCCUCCCCCAGCCGCCCCCAGACCCGGCCCAGCUGCUGCGCCUGCCCAGGUCCAGCUCCCUGGCUGACAAGACCCAGCUGCACAGCAGGUGGCUGGACUCCUCCAGGUGUCUGAUGCAGCAGGGGGUCAAGCCCGGGGACACCCUCUGGCUGCGCUUCAAGUACUACAGCUUCUUCGACCUGGACCCCAAGGCCGACCCCGUGCGCCUCACGCAGCUCUACGAGCAGGCCCGCUGGGACCUGCUGCUGGAGGAGAUCGACUGCACCGAGGAGGAGAUGAUGGUCUUCGCGGCCCUGCAGUACCACAUUAACAAGCUGGCCCUGAGCGGGGACGUGGAGGAGCCGGCCAGCCCGGGCGGCCUGGACGACCUGGACGCGGCGCUGAGCAGCCUGGAGGUGAAGCUGGAGGGCUCGGCCCCCACCGACGUGCUGGACAGCCUGACGGCCAUCCCCGAGCUCAAGGACCACCUCCGCAUCUUCCGGCCCCGGAAGCUCACCCUCAAGGGCUACCGCCAGUACUGGGUUGUGUUUAAAGAGACCACGCUCUCCUACUACAAGAGCCAGGACGAGGCCCCCGGGGACCCCAUCCAGCAGCUGCACCUGAAGGGCUGCGAGGUGGUGCCCGACGUCAACGUCUCGGGGCAGAAGUUCUGCAUCAAGCUCCUGGUGCCCUCGCCGGAGGGCAUGAGCGAGCUCUACCUGCGCUGCCAGGACGAGCAGCAGUACGCCCAGUGGAUGGCCGGCUGCCGGCUGGCCGCCAAGGGGCGCACCAUGGCCGACAGCAGCUACCAGAGCGAGGUCCAGGCCAUCCUGGCCUUCCUGAGCCUGCAGCGGGCGGGGGGAGCCGGGGGCACGGGCCCCGCCAACCCCCAGGGCCCCGACGCCGGCGGGGAAGGGCUCAACCCCCACGGCCUCGUGGCCCCCCGGUUCCAGCGGAAGCUGAAGCCCAAGCAGGGGAGAGGCCUUUGA